UUCCAAGAUCCAGACUCAGCAGUGGUUGCACAGCAUCUGACUAAUACAGUGUUCGUUGACAGAGCCUUGAUAGUCGUUCCAUAUGCAGAAGUUCUUUUCCCUGGUUCAGCCUGAACUAUAUACCAGGCCCUGCUGAAAAUACCACUCAACAGUUUUCUUCUGCAGCUUAUCCAGUUUCUCUUAAGUGCCCUGUACAUUUUGUAUGUUUUAUGAUGACAUGCAGUGUCUUUAUGUGCAUUCAAGGCAAAUUACUGGUAUUUAAAAGAAAAAAAAUCUCUAGUUUGUUUUUUGUUUUCUUUCUUGAUUUCUCCAUUCUGAUUUUGGGGGUAUGGGCACACAGAUGAAAUAGCUUUUGCCUUAGUAGUGUUUUUGUUUUAUAUUAUUUGAUGCCGAAUUUAGAUUUUUUAUGUUAAGUGUAGCCAUAUGCCUAAUUUACCUCAAGUGGCUGUAGCUGAUCAUGCCUGGUCUGUUUGCAAUGGUAAUACACUGGGUUGUGUUAUGACCCAUCACAAAUUAUAAAUCUCUGCUGAUAAGGUAAGGAACAUGGCAUGGUACAUCCAGAAAGCAGAAACAUGUCAGAAAAGGCCUAUGCAAACAGAAAACAUUUUUACAACUACCUUGUAAGAUUUUGUGGUAGGUGUUCAAAAUAGAAAACUGUUCCAUCUUAUUAAUCCCUAAAUCAAACUUUUUUGUCUUGUGUAUCUUGAUUUUUCUGUGUGCUUUAUAGUGAAGCAGCCGACACGAGUCGUUGUUCAUAAAACAGCUUUUGAAAGUUGAGAGCACACCCCUGGAGAACCGACUGUGCUUGCUUACGUUUGGUUCAUGACUUAAAAUUCGAGUACAGGAAUAAUUCCUGAUGAGGCCAAAGCCCUGUCAUUGGUGGCGCCAGCUAAUGCAGUUGCAGGCUUACUGCCCGGAGGAGGGCUUCUUCCCACUCCUAAUCCACUCAGUCAGAUUGGUGCUGUCCCACUUGCUGCAUUGGGAGCCCCUACACUUGAUCCAACUCUUGCAGCCCUCACUCUUCCUGGAGCAAACUUAAAUUCACAGUCUCUGGCAGCAGAUCAGCUUUUAAAGCUUAUGAGCACCGUUGAUCCAAAGUUAAAUCAUGUAACAGCAGGGCUGGUGUCACCAAGUCUGAAAUCUGAUACGUCUAGCAAAGACAUUGAGGAAGCUAUGAAGCGGGUCAGAGAGGCACAGUCCUUGAUUUCUGCUGCAAUUGAGCCAGAUAAAAAGGAUGAAAAAAGCAAGAAGCAUUCAAGAUCACGAUCCCACUCAAGACGUAGGAGAACACCUUCAUCUUCCAGACACAGACGUUCCAGAAGCAGAUCAAGAAGGAGGUCACACUCAAAGUCUAGAAGUAGGCGACGGUCCAAGAGCCCUAGAAGGAGAAGAUCUCAUUCAAGAGAGAGGAGUCGACGUUCAAGAAGCACAUCUAAACCCAGGUUUUUUUUUUUGUUUUUUUUUACCUACCAUAACUGUAACACCAAAAAAUGUCCUGUACUGGUUGUGUGUGACUUUUACCAGUACAGGGCAACAGUACAUAACAUUUUAAUUACUUUGAUAUACAUCACUCAGUUUAUGGUGUUACUGUUUCUUUUUCUGUUUAACUAUGGUUCAUAUUAUAUUUUCCAUGUGUUUGUAGCUUCUUUAAAUCUAUUACUUGUUUUUUUUAGAGAGAAAAAAAGAGAAGAAAAAGAAAAAAAGCGUUCUAAAACCCCGCCUAAAAGCUACAGCACAACCAGGCGAUCUAGAAGCACAAGCAGAGAUAAGAGGCGCAGGAAGAGCCGCAGUGGGUCACGGUCUCCCAAAAAACUAAGAUCUCCAAAGAGGAAACCUUCUCGAUCACCAUCUCCUAGAAGGCAUAAAAAGGAAAAGAAGAAGGAUAAGGAUCGAGAGAAGAAUCGCGAUGAAAGAGAAAGAUCAAGUAGUAAGAAAAAGAAGAGUAAAGAUAAGGAGAAGGAGCGUGAGAGGAGGUCUGAAAGCGAGAAAGAUGUAAAACAGGUAACACGUGACUACGAUGAAGAGGAACAAGGAUAUGACAGCGAGAAAGAAAAACGGGAAGAAUACAUGGUUCCAGAAGCAAGCCCACCAGCACAGAGUGAAACAACUGAAAGGCCAAUAGCAGAUUCAGCAAAAGACUCAAAAAUUAAUGGGGAUGACCAUCAUGAGGAGGAUAUGGAUAUGAGUGAUUGAGCGUCUUAACUGUGACCCUUAGUGAAAAUGUGAGGUGGUGUUAUUCAUAUGUAUAUCUUUUGAUUUUCUAUUUAAAAUAUUUCUUAUAAUUUUGUCGUAUAUAAAACUGAGCUAUAAGUGAAUGUAUCCAACCUAACACAUUAACGUCCUGGCUGAAAAGUUUGUGGAAGUGGAAUACAAGUCCUGUAUGGUCAAACUGGAUUGUUAGCAAACAGUUCGUCCUGGUGUGAUGUGACUUUUCAAAUAUGCUGCAUGCGUCUACACCUCGCAUGGGUUAUCUGGUUUGCUAUAUAGUUCUUCAUUUACCAUAUGUAGAAUCUGGUUCAUUGAAUAAAUGGUCUAUAUAGAAAAUGAACUGAAUACAUGUUAGUUUGGCAUACACAUCAUAGAUGUAAAAAAAAAAUGAACUGAAGUCAAUUGGAAGAUGCACAUUGUAUGUUCACAUCUUUCUGGUGUAAGUAGACUUAGUCCCACAACUGAAUAUUUUGUGGGUUUUGUUUUGCUUUAAGAGGCUUAAAUAAAAAUGUACUAACCCUUUUCUGAAGGCUGUUAUCAAGCAAUUUUUUGGAUGUCCAGUGAUCUGAAUUCAAUAUUAACGUAGAAUGUUUUUACACCCCUCCUCCUUUUUUGUUUUUCUUGCCCAUCUGUAUCUUAAACUGGCAAUGCAUUUUUAAUCUGAUGCUUAUUUUCUAUGGUAGCAGUUUUGAUUUGUUCACGGUCAGUGUGGCAGCAGCCUGAUAGUGCUUGUAUGCUGUUAUACACUCAGUAGAAAGGUUUUUGUUUUUGCAUUUUUUUUUUUUGUUUCAGAAUCUUGAAAGCUUCAGUUUUGUUAAUUACCAAAAGCAAAUGUAGGUUGCAAUCUGUGCCAUGUUGAUGUACAGUUCCUGAAAUUUUGUUUUACAAGAAACUUUGAUAAUAAAAUUUCUAAAAAAAAAAAAA